AUCAGGCUAGUAGAGAUGAAGUCCAGCUUCCUUCUUCUCUUGUUGUUCUUAGUGGUGGCUCUUGGUGGUUCUUUUAGAGGCCAAGCUGCAAGCCUAGAACAUCACUUCUACAAGAAGAGCUGCCCUCAAGCAGAGGAAAUUGUCCAAGACAUCAUAUGGAAACAUGUUGCUAAUAACUCAGAGUUGCCUGCAAAGUUCCUCAGGAUGUUCUUUCAUGACUGCUUUGUUAGGGGCUGUGAUGCUUCAGUUCUUAUUAACUCAACUGCAAACAGUACUGCUGAGAAGGAUGCCGCUCCAAACUUAUCACUAGCAGGCUUCGAUGUCAUUGAUGAGGUGAAGACAGCAUUAGAGAAAACUUGCCCCGACACCGUCUCCUGCGCCGAUAUAAUUGCAUUGGCUGCGAGGGACUCAGUCUCCUUCCAAUUUAACAGGUCUUUAUGGGAAGUUCAGACCGGCAGGAGGGAUGGCACCAUUUCCCUUGCAUCAGAGGCCCGUGCCAACAUCCCUUCACCCUUCUCUAACUUCACAACUCUCGCCAAUAGAUUCACAAACAAGACUCUUGAUGUCGAAGAUCUCGUCGUCCUGUCAGGUGCACACACCAUCGGAAUAGGACAUUGCAAUUUUUUCAGCAAUCGACUGUACAACUUCACCGGGAAGGGCGAUGCCGAUCCAUCUCUCAAUGCAACUUAUGCAGCAUUCUUGAAGACCCAAUGUAAGAGUUUAUCUGAUAACACCACCACAGUACCUAUGGACCCUGGAAGUAGCCUUACUUUCGACACCCAUUACUACGAGAACUUGAAGUUACAUCAAGGAAUGUUCCAAUCUGAUGCUGCUCUCCUAACCGACCAAUGUUCAGCCAACAUUAUAGACAAGAUGCUCGACACCACAAACUUUUUCAAUGCAUUCAAAAAUUCAAUAAAAAGGAUGGGAACAAUUGAAGUACUAACUGGGACAAAUGGAGAGAUUAGGAAGAAAUGUAGUGUUGUGAACUCAAGGCUAGUAAAAAUGAAGUCCAUCUUCCUUCUCUUCCUGGUCUUAGUGGUGGCUUUCGGUGGUUAUGUCAGGGGCCAAGCUUCAGGCCUAAAAUAUCACUUCUACAAGAAAAGCUGCCCUGAGGCUGAGCCAAUUAUCCAAGACAUCAUAUGGAAACGUGUCGCUGAGAGGCCGGAAUUGGCUGCGAAGUUCCUCAGGAUGUUAUUUCACGAUUGCUUUGUCAGGGGUUGUGAUGCUUCAGUGCUUAUCAACUCCACUGCAAAUAAUUCUGCUGAGAAGGAUGCAGUUCCAAACUUAUCACUAGCAGGCUUCGAUGUCAUUGAUGAGGUGAAGGCAGCAUUGGAGAAUGCUUGCCCAGAUACUGUCUCCUGCGCUGAUAUAAUUGCAUUGGCUGCCAGGGACUCGGUCUCCUUCCAAUUUAAGAGGCCUCUAUGGGAAGUUCAGACCGGCAGGAGGGAUGGCACCAUUUCCAAGAAAUCAGAGGCCCUUGCCAACAUCCCUGCACCCACCUUUAACUUCACAACCCUUGUCCGACGUUUCGCAAGCAAGACUCUUGAUGUCAAAGAUCUCGUCGUCCUGUCAGGUGCGCACACCAUUGGAGUAGGGCUUUGCAAUUUUUUCAGCAACCGGCUUUACAACUUCACCGGGAAGGGUGAUGCAGAUCCAUCUCUCAAUCCACCUUAUGCAGCAUUCUUGAGGACCCAAUGCAAGAGUUUAUCUGAUAACACUACUUCAGUGCCUAUGGACCCUGGAAGUAGCCUUAUUUUCGACACUCAUUACUAUGAGAACUUGAAGAUGCAUCAAGGAUUGUUCCAAUCCGAUGCUGCACUCCUCACCAACCAACGUUCAGUCCACAUUGUCGACAAAAUGCUCAACACCGAAAAGUUUUUCCAUGCGUUCAAAAAUUCGAUAAAGAGGAUGGGAGCAAUUGAAGUGCUCACCGGGACAAAUGGACAGAUUAGGAAGAAAUGUAGUGUCGUCAACUCAUAAUGAGGUAUUGAGAAUAAGUGUUUGUGCAAGCAUGCAUGCAUGCAUGCAUAUAGAGAGUGAUUACGUUAAUUUUUUUAUGCUUCAACCUUGUCGAUUGCUGUGAAGAGCUUCAAUAAAAAUUCCUGUAGGCAAAUGUGUUAUAUCUUGUGAUUGAUUUCAAAUAUGCUUCGCUAGAUAUUAUUUAAUAAAAUGGAAUAUCUCUCUUUUUUUUGUGCA